CACCAGAGUUUUGCCAUCCAUCCCUACUCUGUUGCUUUGUCUCUCUCUCUCUUUUCUCGGGUAUCCACAGGUUCCCAAAAACUGAAGGACCCAACAGUUCUUUUAUUUUCUCAGCAACCACAUAGUCUGGGUGUUGAUCUUGAUCUUGAUCUUCUUAGAAAACAAUUCUGGUUUUAUUUCCGACGUACAUUUUCUCCUAGACAGAAGGAGUAGGAGUUUGAGACAGAGAUAAUUAUAGAGGAAAACAGAGAGAGAGAGAGAGAGAGAGAGAGAGAGAGAGAGAGAGAGAGAGAGAGAGAGAGAGAGAGUUUGAAAAGAAAAAGGGAGGAUUUGUUUGGGGAAGAGAAGUUGGAAUUGAACUUGAAUGGCGGGAAUUGGAGCGAAAGGGAGGAUUCUGAGGACGAUAGCGACAAUAGCGUGGAGCUUUCUAUUAACUUCAAUCUUUGUUUCCGCAGAAAGAAGCUUAAAACAGGAAAUUUCAACCACCCCUCUUGAAGCUGAUGAAUCUGAAUCAAAUUACUUUGUCCAGUUUACAAAUUUCUUAUGGCAAUCAAAUCAAUCUGGUUACCAACAUGUUUGGCCUGAUUUGAAAUUUGGGUGGCAAAUCAUUGUGGGUACCAUAAUUGGAUUCUUUGGAGCAGCUUUUGGGAGUGUUGGUGGUGUCGGCGGUGGUGGCAUAUUUGUUCCCAUGCUUACCCUAAUAAUUGGGUUUGAUGCAAAAUCCGCGACUGCUAUUUCAAAAUGCAUGAUAAUGGGUGCAGCAGCCUCAACUGUUUACUAUAAUCUUAAGCUACGGCAUCCCACACUUGAUAUGCCCAUCAUUGACUAUGACUUGGCUGUUCUUAUCCAACCAAUGCUCAUGCUUGGUAUUAGUCUUGGAGUUGCUUUCAAUGUGCUUUUUGCCGACUGGAUGGUCACAGUUCUGCUGAUCGUUCUCUUCUUAGGGACAUCAACCAAGGCCUUUUUUAGAGGUGUUGAAACAUGGAAGAAAGAAACCAUUAUGAAAAAGGAGGCUGCUAAGCGCUUGGAGGCAAAUGAUGGCAGAGAAGAAGAAUACAAGCUUCUUCCCAGUGGCCCCAGCAAUGGCACCAAAAAAGAGGCCACGGACUCUGCUGAACCAGAGGUCACUAUUCUUGAGAAUGUUUGCUGGACAGACUUUGGGCUUCUUGUUUUUGUUUGGUUUGCAUUUCUGGCACUGCAGAUCACUAAGAACUAUGCAGCUACUUGUUCGGUUACAUAUUGGGUGCUGAACUUGUUACAGAUACCAGUUGCCGUUGGGGUAUCCUCGUUUGAGGCAAUAAGCCUGUACAAGGGAUGGAGAAAAAUUGAAUCCAAAGGUGAUACAGGCACCAACUUGCAAGUCCACCAACUGAUUGUCUAUUGCUUCUUUGGCUUGCUGGCUGGCAUUGUUGGGGGGCUGCUUGGUCUAGGUGGAGGAUUUAUCAUGGGUCCACUAUUUUUAGAGCUGGGGGUCCCUCCUCAGGUUUCAAGUGCCACAGCUACCUUUGCAAUGAUGUUCUCCUCAUCAAUGUCUGUCAUAGAAUAUUACCUUCUAAAACGUUUCCCAGUUCCUUAUGCUCUCUACCUUAUUGUUGUGGCAACAAUUGCUGCUUUUGUUGGGCAACAUGCUGUGAGAAAACUGAUCAAUUUAUUGGGAAGGGCAUCUCUAAUCAUCUUCAUUCUGGCCUUCACGAUCUUUGUUAGUGCAAUCUCCCUAGGUGGAGUUGGCAUUUCAAAUAUGAUUGGGAAGAUUGAGCGGCAUGAAUACAUGGGUUUUGAGAACCUCUGCAAGUAUGAGGCUUGACAUGUAGGCCCCCUCCAAAACCCAUUUCAGAUUCACUGGUGCUCUAGUCAUUCUCCUCAGGUUGCAGGAAUUAGCCUCAAGUUUGUUCCAAUUCUUGAUGGAUGGGGUACAUGAUGACAAUUGUUCUGGUUCAGUUGCUCUGGUGCUUCAUAGUUUCCAUUAUUCAUUGAUAGCACAUUUUUUGUAAGAGUUUUGUGUAAGGAUUCUCUCCGUUGCUAAUACAACUAAACAGGUCCUUUAAUUUCAUUUUCUUCUUGUCAAUAAAGGGAAGGAAAAGGAACAGCUUUCAGUGCUUGGUUGUCUUUUGAAGUGUGUUCUACUUAUUUCCUCUGACUUCCCUUUCUCCAAUGUGAUUAUAGGGUGUUAUGUAUGGAACUUUGGUUUUUAAUUCUCUGGGAACACCUGUCAUCCUGUAUCUAAUGAACUUAUAUCUCCUCAAAUAAGCUUCCUUUUCAUUUCCCUCGAUCACAG